GUGGGGGAGGAAGCGCGAGGUGAGCGCGGACGUCAGAGUAGAGAGCGGAAGGUCAGGAAGGCUCGGAGCGGAAGUGGGAGCCGGGAGUCUGUCCGCCAUUGUGGAGCCGAGAAGCGGAGCGCGAGAGGGGGGGAAGCGGAGUCUGCCAGCGGGGAAGACGGGCCCCUUCCGACCGACUCCCGAGCGCGCCGCGGCCCUCUUUCCGGCGUCUUAGGGAACGGCGACCGGCGGCGGCGGGGACAGUGACUCGCCGCGGGCGGCAGCCAGGCGCUGUGAGUGCACGGGGAGAGGCCCAGGCGGCGGCGGCGGCGGCGGCGGCGGCGGCGGCAACAGCAGCUCUCGGGUGGCGGUGAAGAAUGUCAGCCACUAGCGUGGAUCAGAGACCUAAAGGGCAAGGAAAUAAAGGUGGGAAAACAUGAUGCACAGAUCUGUUGACUUUCCUAACUUGAUGUAGUCAGGACCAGAGCAAAGAAUCACCUGGCUCCUAAGGCCCAUGUUCUAUCUUGAUUUGACUCUGCUUCAUAGAGCAGAGGAAACAGGCGAAGAAUCAUUUUCAGUACAAAACGGUUCGAUUCAUCAAAAAGAUGCUGUAAAUGAUGAUGAUUUUGAGCCAUACUUAAGUAGCCAGACAAAUCAGGGAUUGAGCCCAGGGAUUCACAUAUGCAAGAGUAACAGCUAUCCACCAAUGUCAGAUCCAUACAUGCCUAGUUACUAUGCUCCAUCCAUUGGAUUUCCAUAUUCUUUGGGGGAAGCAGCAUGGUCCACAGCCGGAGACCAGCCUAUGCCGUAUCUGACAACCUAUGGACAGAUGAGUAAUGGAGAACAUCAUUAUAUACCAGAUGGUGUGUUUAGUCAGCCUGGGGCAUUAGGAAAUACCCCUCCAUUUCUUGGUCAACAUGGAUUUAACUUUUUUCCUGGUAAUGCUGAUUUCUCUACGUGGGGGACAAGUGGAUCUCAGGGACAAUCAACACAAAGUUCUGCUUAUAGUAGCAGUUAUGGCUAUCCACCUAGUUCUCUUGGGAGAGCUAUUACUGAUGGACAGGCUGGAUUUGGCAAUGAUACUUUGAGUAAGGUGCCUGGCAUUAGCAGUAUUGAGCAAGGUAUGACUGGACUGAAAAUUGGUGGUGACCUGACAGCUGCAGUGACAAAAACUGUAGGUACAGCCUUGAGCAGCAGUGGUAUGACUAGCAUUGCAACCAAUAGUGUGCCCCCAGUUAGCAGCGCAGCACCUAAACCAACAUCCUGGGCUGCUAUUGCCCGGAAGCCUGCCAAACCUCAACCGAAACUUAAACCCAAGGGCAAUGUGGGAAUUGGGGGUUCUGCUGUGCCACCACCACCUAUAAAACACAACAUGAAUAUUGGAACUUGGGAUGAAAAGGGGUCAGUGGUAAAGGCUCCACCAACCCAGCCAGUUCUGCCUCCUCAAACUAUAAUCCAGCAGCCUCAGCCAUUAAUUCAACCACCACCAUUGGUGCAAAGCCAACUGCCUCAACAGCAGCCUCAGCCACCACAACCACAGCAGCAACAAGGACCUCAGCCACAGGCCCAGCCUCACCAAGUGCAGCCCCAACAGCAGCAGCUACAGAAUCGCUGGGUGGCUCCUCGGAACAGGGGUGCUGGUUUCAACCAGAGCAAUGGAGCGGGUGGUGAAAACUUUGGUUUAGGUGUUGUUCCUGUCAGUGCUUCACCUUCCAGUGUAGAAGUGCAUCCAGUGCUGGAAAAGCUAAAGGCCAUAAACAACUAUAAUCCCAAAGACUUUGAUUGGAACCUGAAGAACGGACGUGUGUUUAUCAUUAAAAGCUAUUCUGAGGAUGACAUACAUCGUUCUAUUAAGUACUCUAUCUGGUGUAGUACUGAGCAUGGUAAUAAGCGUUUGGAUGCAGCUUACCGUUCUCUGAAUGGAAAAGGCCCACUCUAUUUACUCUUCAGUGUGAAUGGCAGUGGACACUUUUGUGGAGUGGCUGAAAUGAAGUCUGUUGUGGACUAUAAUGCAUAUGCUGGUGUCUGGUCUCAGGAUAAGUGGAAGGGAAAAUUUGAAGUUAAAUGGAUCUUUGUCAAAGAUGUUCCCAAUAAUCAAUUACGGCAUAUUCGCUUAGAAAACAAUGACAACAAACCAGUUACCAAUUCAAGGGACACUCAAGAGGUACCCCUAGAAAAAGCUAAGCAAGUGCUUAAAAUAAUUGCUACUUUCAAGCAUACCACCUCAAUCUUUGAUGACUUUGCACAUUAUGAAAAGCGUCAAGAAGAGGAGGAAGCCAUGCGCAGGGAGAGAAAUAGAAACAAACAAUAACUGUAUGAAGAUUUCCUGCUAGAAUUACAACACUAAUGAUGUAGACUCUGGAAAUGCCUAAUAAGUCAAAGAAGACGUUAUUAAAGCUUUUUUUUCUGCUUAAGGUGACAUCUUUGAACUCUUUAACACGGAAUUGACUCUUCUUGUAAUGGUUUUCAUCAGCGCAUCUGCCCUUAUACUCUCACCAAACACACUUGAGAACUGUAACUUCGUCAAGCACUUUCUGUCCUGAAGCUUUUGCCAGUAUCUGCUGUCUUUUGUAAUUAUGCAUCCUAGCUAAGGCACAGAAGACUGAAUGAAUGCAAGGAUUCAUUAACUCUUUGAAUUUGUUAAAUACUAACAGUUAACCAUUAGAAGUGGUUCAAUGAUGUAACUGUCACACUGCUUCAACUUUUUUCUUUGUUGUAGUUUUUAAAUUGUCAAUUUUUAGCUAUUUGACAGAUUAAAAGCAAAAUAAUCAUGCCAUAUUUAGUCCUGGAGUUCAAGUCUAAAUGUUUAUGUGAAAAAUUAUUGUAGUAAACUUUCAAUAUGGCAAAGCAACCUUAAGCUCUAUUUUAGCCAAAUGAAACAUAAUCUGAAAUUAUAUUAGAACAUUUCCCUUGUCUUCAAACUGUUUGGUGUAACAGAAUAUUGAUAUGCAGCUUGGUGGAUCUCACCGGUUAAUGCACAUUCUUCUCCCUCUCUCCCCAAUAAUAUGUAUACUGAAAAUGUGCAUUUGUCUGAGGAUUUAUUUUGUUUGCUACCACUUAAUGAAUCUCAAAUUUUGAGUAAACGUACCUCAGUCUAAUCAGACUUUUUAUGACCUUUAUAAUUACAUUUAAAACCCUUAAUUCCUAUUUCUGGGUGUUUGCGAGCCUGAUUGCUAUCAUGAAGUAAAAAUUUAUAACUCUAGGUAUUCACUAGCUAAAUAAACAUAGUUCUUGUUUAGCAAGCAUAUACUGUUCCUCAACUUUUUUCUCCAGCUUUUGCAGUGUCCUGGCAUCCUUAAAAUACUUUGAAAAUAUGGCCUUGAUCCAUGGAUUAAAUCAGUAUCUAAGUGAAUGUGUUGAUGUUUUAUUGAUCAGAUCUAUAUAAAUGGGAAUACAGCAUAUAUCUGGAUAUUCAUAGUUAUCUUUUUAACUUUUUUUCAUUAAUUACAUAUCAACAUUAAUUUUGUAUCUUGAAGCAAAUUGAUUUUGUAUAAUUAAAUGUGUUGAGCAUCUGUAUUAACUGAUUUGGUGGCAUAAGGUUAUGAAGAUAAUGUACUGCCCCUUAUAUUACUGUCCCAAAAGGAGAAAACUAUGUAGAAAAAUAUGUUAAGGGUAAAAAUAGCAAUAUAGUAGAUUUGAAUACCGUGAUAUUUUGCAUUACUCCAUUUAUGUUUACAUCAUGUUUAGAAAUGUUUUCAUCUACUUGGUCUUUGAUCACUUCAAGCAAUUUAGUGACAGCUAUUUCUUUUAGGCUUUCAUUUAUAUUUUUUUUUGUACUAUGUUUUCUUAAAAUGCAAAUACUGUAUUCAAGUGAAAAAUAAUGCAGUAUUUGUAGAUAACCACAGUUACUUCACAGUUCUUUGGUUGUCCCAGUGUAGUUAUAUCAGUGUUUACUGAAGGGAACAUCAGAAUAUUAAUGGUAUAUUUCAAAAUAAAAACUUUCUUAAAGGAAAAUUGCACCUAUUUUACCUUUUUUAGAGUAAGCCAUGAAAUCUUGUAACACGUCUAUAACUAUUUAUAAUGAAAAUUGGCAUUUGGAUAUAGUCACCACAGCUAUGUUCUACAUCCCUGCGAUUGAAGACCUAUUAGAGAAAUUGUCAAGGGGUGACCUUGCAGAAAGGAUCUGGAUCCUCUCUCUGAGGUUCUUUUUCUUGGUGCUUUAUUAGCGAUUCUGAAUAUUUUUAUAAAACUAGUUACAUUAUAAAUGGACUCAAACUUUAUUUAAUUUGCAUUAUGUUUCUAUGUAAGAAAUGUCACAGAAACACUCAGCAAGCUGACUGACUGCAGUAGCCAAUUUAGAAAUGUCUAACGUAAUUGAGAAGCUCUUUGUGGUGAGGUGUACAUCCUAGUGCCUUUAUCCUGGAUUUCCAAUACUAAGUGAAAUGGGUGCAGCAUUCCUUUGGAAAAGAAAAACCUUUUUCUUUUUCAAGUAGUAGUUUUGUUUUUCUCAUUUAAUGUUUCUGCAGAGAACCUGCCUUCUCUUCCCUUGGUCUGUCAGUGUACUGAAAAAUGUUUUUCCUCUAAGUGAAAUUAUCACAGGUUGUCUCAAUAGCACAACUAACAAUGUUUCUUAACUGUAGGGACCAAAAGGGAGAGAACUUGGGCUCUACAGCAGGAGAUAUGUAAUCAAAUAUAGAAUAAUCACUAAUUAAGACAUUAUUGGCCCAGUAAAUCUUUUAAUGUUUUUCCAAGAUCUGGUUUGAAUGUUUCUUAUUAAAGUUAUCUUAUGUAGGUAUUUUAUUUUGGAUGGUAUUAUAGUUUGUAUAAUUAACAGUAAGGGGGAAAAUGUAACCAAAAUUAGUAUUCUUUCUAUAUACAUAUUGGUACUUGAAGAUUCCUUUCAAAAGAAACCCCAGACUUUUUCUAAUUUCAGUACUUAAUUCCUUAUUUUAACUUAUGUGAUUUUCUAAUUCAAAAGCUAUGUUCUUUUUGAGUACCGUGCAUGUGGGUUAAGCUGAUGUUAAAACGGUUUGCAAUAAUAAAAAAAUCAGCUUAAAAUCAUUUAAUCAUUUCAAGUGCAUUUUGCAUCCUAUAAAAAUAAGUUUAAGAAAUUUAAGAGAAUUGUGUUUUCAUUAAGUUUUGCAUAUCUUUCGUUAUGCCAUGUAAAAUCCCUUUUUCGUAUGAUUAAAGGAAGGUUAUGAUAAAAUGCUUAGUUCAUUUACAUUCACUUGUAGCAAUUACAUGAGAGUUUGAAUUUUGUCGUGUUUGGGUUUGUUCAUUCCUGUGAAUGAUGGUACAGUUAGGUGAGAUUUUCUGUUAUGGUACCCAAACUCACCAUUUGGUCCUCUUUAAUCUUUGAGGGUUUCAAUAAAAAUUGUUCACUCGUA